AAUGCAAAGUCUGGCGAAAUCCUUUAAAUCUGUUCAGAGGAGCCGAAUAUAAUCGCUAUACGUGGGUAACAGGGAGAGAACCUUUGACUUACUACGAUAUGAAUCUUUCAGCACAGGACCAUCAGACGUUCUUUACAUGUGACACGGAUCAUUUACGGCCUGCAGACGCUAUAAUGCAAAAAGCCUGGAGAGAGAGAAACCCCCAAGCCCGAAUUUCUGCGGCACACGAAGCUUUGGAAUUGAAUGAGUGUGCUACUGCCUAUAUUCUCUUGGCCGAAGAGGAAGCGACAACGAUUGUAGAAGCAGAGAAGCUGUUCAAGCAAGCUCUUAAAGCUGGAGAGGGUUGUUACAGGCGCAGUCAGCAGUUGCAGCACCAUGGUGCCCAGUAUGAAGCCCAACACAGAAGGGACACCAAUGUGUUAGUUUAUAUUAAGAGGAGGCUGGCAAUGUGUGCAAGAAAGCUGGGAAGGACCAGGGAAGCAGUGAAAAUGAUGAGAGAUUUGAUGAAGGAGUUUCCUCUGCUCAGCAUGUUCAACAUCCAUGAAAACCUGCUAGAGGCUUUGUUGGAACUGCAAGCGUAUGCUGAUGUCCAGGCAGUCUUAGCAAAGUAUGAUG